CAGUCUGUGUAAGUUUUCGUAUCUCUGAGUAUGUGCACAUAGUGGAGAGGGUGGAGCCUUCCAACCUCAAAUCUAAAAAGAUUGAGAGAUUGUGGAAGGCCCAGAUGUGCCAAAGGUCAGAAGGAUCAAUAUACAGACCCUACCAUGGGGGGCGGUGGGGGGGGGAUUCGAAUAGAAAACUGCUGCAGAAGGGAAGCCAGUGAGAGGAGCAAAUGUUGAUUUGAGGGGAGCUUCCUUCCCCCCCACCCCAUCAUCCCUUGCAAUUUAAUACCAUGCUCGCCAGGAACCUUAACCUCGUCAUUUUAAAAAAUGAGAUAGCCGUGACCCGGAGUGAACUUGUUGAGUGUAGGUACAGGAGAGGAAAUUCUAGACUCAGUGAACACCCGAGCCUCGUCCAGCGCAAUCCCUUCGUGCACACUGGUCAGUGCGCGGCCAUGCCCACCUGCGCGCCGACACCGGGUGCUGCGCUUCUGGUCCACCCGCCUUGACCUCGGGCCCGGUGUCCCGGCUGGUGGUGCUGGGCCAGGCAUCCCGGCCUUCCCCGGCUGACUAGCCUUGCUCGCUCCCUUCUCGCUGUCUCUCUCCCACCCUCUUCCCAAACCCAGUCACCCCACCGACUCCCCGCUCAUCCCCACUUUUCCGGAUAUCUCCUCAGUCAUCCUCUCUCACCCCACCCCGCCUGCCUUCUCUCCAGCCUCCAGUGUCCCCCGCAAUUCCUGGUUUCUAUGACCUCUUUCGUCAACCCUGCAGGCCUGAAAGAAGGUCACACAGAGGCACAUUCAAACUCACACCCCACAAGCCUUGCCCCCAGAUAAACCCAUGUACACUGUCCUUUGUUCCAUUUCUUGGGCCACUUUCUCCAUCCCUUCCUCCCUACCCGUCUGGGUUUGCCACCCCACCCCCCAGGAGUACGUUUCCGUCUCCCCGACGCCCUUGCGCUCCCCCUCUGAUUUAUUAGAGCUCCCGGUUUGGCGCAGAUUCCUUUUUCUUCUCCUCCUUCCCAUCCUCCCUUCUUGUGCUCCUUUCCACAGUGGGAGUGCUUGCGCCUGCGGCUCACUCGGCUCCUGUCUAAGCGCCCUGCCCGGCUCCCUCUCCUGUUUCGCUCUCCCGGCUCCUUCUCCAGCUCCCGACUCCGCGGCCCGCCGGCCUCCACCUCUCUCCCCUGCCCCGUUUCCCGUCGCCCCUGCGGGCUCCCCCCGCGCUCGCCCAAGCGCUGCGCUCGCCCCUUGAUCGCCCGCCGCGCUGCCGGCUCGGCUGCCCGCCCGCCCGCCAGCCCGCCACUGUGCAGUGGAGUUUGGUGGAAUCUCUGCUGACGUCACGUCACUCCCCACACGGAGUCGGAGCUGAGGGAAGAGAGAGGGAUGAGAGCGAGGGAGGGGAGAGAGAGUGCGAGAGCGAGCGAGAAAGCUGGAGAAGAGCAGAAAGAAACGGCCAGUGACGGCUAGAUUCCGGAGGCCACUGCGCGCCCUUGGACCCCCUCGGAACUCGGCGCCCUCCGGAGCCUCGCCGCCCUCUCGGCCCGGCUUUCGGGCGUUUGCGGUGCAGCCCGUGCCUCGGUUCGCUGGAAAUCUCUCCGGGACGCGGCGGGACGCGGAGACAGCAGCUCUCUCCCGGUAGCCGAUAACGGGGAAUGGAGACCAACUGCCGCAAACUAGUGUCGGCGUGUGUGCAAUUAGGCGUGCAGCCGGCGGCCGUUGAAUGCCUCUUCCCCAAAGACUCCGAAAUCAAAAAGGUCGAGUUCACGGACUCCCCCGAGAGCCGGAAAGAGGCGGCCAGCAGCAAGCUCUUCCCGAGGCAGCAUCCCGGCGCCAAUGAGAAAGAUAAGAGCCAGCAGGGAAAGAAUGAGGACGUGGGCGCCGAAGACCCGUCCAAGAAGAAGAGGCAGCGGCGGCAGCGGACUCACUUCACCAGCCAGCAGCUGCAGGAACUGGAGGCCACUUUCCAGAGGAACCGCUACCCGGACAUGUCCACGCGCGAAGAAAUCGCCGUGUGGACCAACCUUACGGAAGCCCGAGUCCGGGUUUGGUUCAAAAAUCGCCGGGCCAAAUGGAGAAAGCGGGAACGCAACCAGCAGGCCGAGCUGUGCAAGAAUGGCUUUGGGCCGCAGUUCAACGGGCUUAUGCAGCCCUACGACGACAUGUACCCGGGCUAUUCGUACAACAACUGGGCCGCCAAGGGCCUCACGUCGGCCUCCCUGUCCACCAAGAGCUUCCCUUUCUUCAACUCUAUGAACGUCAACCCCCUGUCAUCCCAGAGCAUGUUCUCCCCACCCAACUCCAUCUCGUCCAUGAGCAUGUCGUCCAGCAUGGUACCCUCAGCGGUGACCGGCGUCCCGGGCUCCAGCCUCAACAGCCUGAAUAACUUGAACAACCUGAGCAGCCCGUCGCUGAAUUCCGCGGUGCCCACGCCCGCCUGUCCUUACGCGCCGCCGACUCCUCCGUACGUUUAUAGGGACACGUGUAACUCGAGCCUGGCCAGCCUGAGACUGAAAGCAAAGCAGCACUCCAGCUUCGGCUACGCCAGCGUGCAGAACCCGGCGUCCAACCUGAGUGCUUGCCAGUACGCCGUGGACCGGCCCGUGUGAGCCGCGCACUGCGCCGGGAUUCUAGGACCGUGCCGGAUAGGGCAGCUCUGCCCUUGUUGAAAGACUGGGAAUUACGCUAGAAGGUCGUGGGCACUAAAGAAAGGGAGAGAGAGAGAGAGAAGAUAUAGAGAAAAAGGGAAACCACUGAAUUAAAGAGAGCUCCUUUGAUUUCAAAGGAAUUUCCUCAAUGUCUGACAUCUUUCACUAAAAAGUAUUUCCAACAGUUGCAAGGACACACACAAAUGUUUGACUGGAUAUGACAUUUUAACAUUACUAUAAGCUUGUUAUUUUUUAAGUUUAGCGUUGUUAACAUUAAAAUGACUGAAAGGAUGUAUAUAUAUCGAAAUGUCAAAUUAAUUUUAUAAAAAGCAGUUGUUAGUAAUAUCACAACAGUGUUUUUAAAGGUUAGGCUUUAAAAUAAAGCAUGUUAUACAGAAGCGAUUAGGAUUUUUUGCUUGCGAGCAAAGGAAUGUAUAUACUAAAUGCCACACUGUAUGUUUCUAACAUAUUAUUAUUAUAAAAAAAAGUGUGAAUAUCAGUUUUAGAAUAGUCUCUCUGGUGGAUGCAAUGAUGUUCCUGAAACUGCUAUGUACAACCUACCCUGUGUAUAACAUUUCGUACAAUAUUAUUGUUUUACUUUUCAGCAAAUAUGAAAAAAAUGUGUUUUAUUUCAUGGGAGUAAAAUAUACUGCAUACAAA